GAAAAUUUCCCCCCUUGCUUGCCAGCUCUGCAGUUUUGCGCCCACUUGAUUACCUUGCGUUGAUGUCCAACAUUGUAGUAUAUCUCGUCUCGGAUUCCUACACCGAUUCUUGUCAACUCUGCAGCUCCUUCAAAAUUCUAUAAAUCGGUUAUAUCAGCUUGCAGCGAAUGUGGCUUACUGAAAAAAAGAAAGAAAAAAAGAGGUGUGAUCGCAUUUACUUGCGGUAGCAUAAGGAGCAUAAGGAGCAUAAGGAGCAUAGGAAGCAUAAGAAGCAUAAGAAGCAUAAGGAGCAUAAGCAACAGAAUGCGACAUAACCAAACAUAAUUAGGAAGAGCCUUACCGAGAUUACGACUAAUACUACUACUACACUACCUCUACUACUUUUAUUUAUUAACAAUCGAUACCAGUAUCGUCUCAUUCCUACAUCGCACGACUCGAACCUAAUUCUUCCUUUUCCUUUUCUGCCCGAUUGAUUGCCGCUUAUACUUUUUACGCCACUCGUGGGUAUCUGGCAUAUAUUUAUUAGAUAACUUACGUGGGGUUCAGUUUGUGUUGGGAGCUAGCUAAGCUACCUACCUAUCGUUCCACAAGGAAUUUCCCAGCAAAAAAGUAGUCGCAUAGCGUAUGAGCUUAGGGAGGAUCUUAGAAGGCAUCAUAUUAACUGAACGAUUCUACACGACUUUUACUCCAACAAUUCCUUAACAGCGCAACCUCGGAAAUGUCCAACGGCAUCAAUGGUUUCCACAAGGAGAUUGAAACACUCCAUAUAAACGGCAAUGGGAAUAGUACGAACGGUACAAAUGGGCGACCUUCGUUAGAGGAGGACGACAAGAAGAAAAAGCGAAUGAGUCGCAAGCUCUCCAGUCCUAUGAUGCCGUCCUUCAUGGUCUCGGCUCCCGGCAAGGUCAUCGUCUUUGGCGAACAUGCCGUAGUCUAUGGCAAGGCCGCUAUUGCUGCCUCCGUCUCGCUCCGCUCUUAUCUCCUAGUGACGCAUCUCUCCAAAUCAAAACGCACAGUAACCAUGCAGUUUCCCGACAUCGACCUUAUCCAUACGUGGAACAUUGACGAAUUACCAUGGGACAUAUUCCAACAGCCUUCUAAGAAAAAGUACUACUACGAUCUUGUCACGUCUCUCGACCCCGAUCUCGUAAAAGCCAUUCAACCGCACCUUGUAGACAUCUCGUUAGGGAAGUCGGAAGCCGAGCGAAAAAUACACCAAAAUUCUGCCGCCUCGUUUCUAUACUUGUAUCUGUCACUAGGAUCGCCAAAGUCUCCAAGCUGCAGGUAUACCCUUCGUUCGACAAUACCGAUUGGAGCUGGUGUUGGGAGUAGCGCGUCGAUUGGCGUUUGUCUAGCUGCUGCUAUGCUAUUACAGAUUCGUACACUAUCUGGCCCGCAUCCCGACCAACCCCCUGAGGAGGCUCGUUUACAAGUGGAAAGGAUUAAUAGAUGGGCCUUCGUGGCCGAGAUGUGCAUCCAUGGUAAUCCUUCUGGCGUUGAUAAUACGGUUUCUACGCAUGGCAAGGCGGUGGUGUACCAGCGGACAGACUAUAAAAAACCGCCAACGGUGACGCCGCUAUGGGACUUUCCUGAAUUGCCAUUACUCCUAGUGAACACUAGGACACCAAAGUCUACAGCUGUCGAAGUAGCCAAAGUUGCGAAGUUAAGGAGCACGCACCAGGAGCUGGUAGGAACAAUCUUGGAUGCGAUAGACAAGGUCACCAGAAGUGCGGAGAGUUUAAUUGAGGAGGAAUACUUUGACAACGAGGAAACGGAGAGUCUACGGCGGGUAGGAGAGUUGAUGACAAUCAACCACGGCUUGCUUUCGUCUUUGGGCGUUUCUCAUCCUCGCCUCGAACGAAUACGAGAAUUAGUCGACUACGAAGGGUUCGGAUGGUCGAAGCUUACCGGUGCGGGCGGUGGUGGUUGUUCGAUAUCGUUAAUGAAGCCUGAUACCCCUCAAGAAAAGCUAGAUAAGCUGCAGCGCAAACUCGAUAUGGAGGGAUACCAAACAUUCAGGACGACUCUUGGUGGAGACGGUGUCGGCGUGUUAUGGCCGGCGGUGUUGAAGAAUGGCCUGGACGAAGAUGAGGAGGGCGGCAUGGAAAUCGACCUUGAAGGUUUCCUGAAUGCACCAGGUAAUGACGGCGUGGAGAAGUUGGUUGGGGUAUCUGGCGGGUUGGACGGAGCUGAGAGGGAAGGUUGGAAAUUUUGGAGGGUGGAGAGCCAAUGAUGGGAUUAUGGGAUAAUGGGAGGCGGCUUCGGGGAAAUUGAUGCUUCUAUGGAUCGUAGGAGUGUGGAAUGCGGUAUACUAACGGUGUAUUCGGGGCUCUUGUUCCGGUUAUAUCUGAUAAUUAUAAUAAUUAUAAAGCAUCGAUAGAAACGAAAUCGAUGAAAGGGAAUGAGUGGCUCGGUCACGGUUUAUACAUUUAUACAUGGAAAACGUACCUCCUAAGGAUUGUAGGGACGGGCUUAGGGGAUUUACUAGAGCAAUACUUUAAGUUUAAAUGUUAAUAAGACAGGUAAUCAUUGGCCAAAUGUGCCUGUCUCUUAAAAAUAUGAGGCAGGUUCAAUGUUCUAAAGAUGGUUGGUUGUACUUGCCCCUCCAUCCCU